AUGUUCAAGGGCGAUGGUUCCACUAUCAUAAUUCCUGCUUCCUACCUUCGUAUCGAGGUCCGCGUCAUCAGAGACUUCGUGCCCGGUGUCCCUGAGUACGAUGAAGUUGCCGUCAGUGGCGCCUCUGCGAACCGCGGCGUGAGCAUCUUCAAAAAAGGGGAUAUCGCCAUAUUGGAUGAGUUCACGAUGUAUCCACCUCCCGUUAUCCAGGUCCGCUGCCGAAGACGUACGCUUGAAGGGUUCGAGAUAUUCCAGGGAAUUUACCCCAUUCAUCGCUCCUUCGUUCAAUUUGGUACUCCACCAGAUCCACAACCAAAGUUCAACUCGAAGCUAUAA